ACCACGUUAAAAACGAAAGUAACUCUCACUAGAUUCCUUACAGCGAGAUAGAAACUUAAAGAAUCACAAGAGUGUUCCGUCAUUAUGUCUCACAAUUUAUCGACAUUUAAAGUGCAUUGUUUUUCUCUGUCUUUUUAAAAAAAAUAUUUUCUAAAGGAUCACGCUCGAUUUAUUCCUCUCAACUAAAAAGGAAGUACGAGUUUCGCAUUUUUUCCGGAUCGUCAGUUUAACAGUUUCGCAUUUUACAUUGCAUUUCGUUUGAACGAAGCAUUAUUAUUUCGUUUGGAUAGCCCUUGAUUGGUUCUGCUGUUGACUAGAUUGAUUCAUGGAUACUUCUAGAAGUAAAGUCACAUCGAGUGUGGUCAAGCUUAAUGAACAUGCAGACAAGGAGAAGCUUGCCAGAGCAGACUCUAACUUGACUAAGCUGUGUGAUCUGCAUGUUUACAAAGUACCAUCCGAAUUAUGGCGGGAAAAUUUCAACAACAUUCUCAACAAUGUCGUCACAGAGACUGUAUCUGUUGGCAUCAUCAGAGUGCCAUUAGAGCUUCGUCUUGCAGAAAUCAGGGAAGAGAUGGUCAGUCAAUUGCAAUUGGAUGAUCUACUACCCAGAGAUUAUGUCUUUCUUAGAAGUGUUGGCAGAAGUCUUACAAGGCUUCUGGCAAAACAAGAAUAUCAGCUGAAGGCUAAACACUUUGUACCUCCAGUGGCUUAUGCUCCUGAACUCUAUAUUCUGGAGACCACACCAGAAAUGAGAGAUGCAAUGGCUAGUGAUAGGUCAUCACAGUCUCCUCCUACUUCAAGGCGGACAUCCCCAUCCCACAGAAACUACAAUGGAACAUAUAGAAUCAAUUAUCCAGGUGAUUCUGAUAAUGAACGUAGCAAUAAGCCUAAAUAUCAACCUUCUUCCCCUGUCCAAAAAUAUCAUCCCCUCCCUAAAAUAGGCCCAGAAAAAAACAGACACCAUGACCCUAUGUCUCCAGAACCCAAAAACUAUAGCACAGAUGACUCCCCUUUUAGCAGACACAAUGGGCAUCACAACCCUUACCAACUUCAUAAUGGGAAACCAGCCUCACAGCCCAAAGUAUACCAUGAGCAGCCUUCAUCAGACUGGGAUGACCAGCCGGUUAAAAAAAUGGUCAUAGAUUCAGAAAAAUCUGGCCAAACAGGGCAUCCUUCUGAGACAAAAAGGGGCUCUGAUGAGCAAGAUGAUAAUGAUUCUAUUGUUACAGAUGAUGAUGACUACAAGAAACGAAGUCGAGAGGAUCAUGACUAUAAACUCAGGAAAACACAAGAUCUCCAGAGAAAGCUGGAUGAUGAUAAAUACUUAUUUGAUGAUGAAACAGAAGAAGAGAGGAGAAGAAGGCUAGAAGACUUGGAAUUGGGAUUUGACAGUGAUAGACAAAGAUGGCAGGCAGAUAAGGACAGUAGAAAAAGGCAAGCAUUAGCAGACAAACGGCGGGAAGAGGAUGAAAGGCAUCACAGAGAGUUGGAGAACAGAAGAAGAGAAGAAUUUGAGAGACAGCAGUUGGAAGAGAGUGAAAGAAAAAGACUAGAGGAAGAGAGAAGAGAGAGAGAAGAGCAAGAGAGAAGACGAAUGGAAGAACAAGCAGAAGAGGAAACUAGAUGGAUGGAGGAGGAAGAGCAGAGGAGACGAGAAGAAGCUGACAGACGUAGAAAAGAGGAAGAAAAACGAAGGAAAGAAGAGGAGAGAGAGAAAGAAGAAGAGAAGCUUAGAAAAGAAGCAGAGAAGAGGAAAGAUGAAGAAAAGAAGAAAGCAGAGGAAAGAAAAAGAGAAGAAGAAAGAAGAAAAGAAGAGGAAAAAAAGAAAGAAGAAGAAAGGAGGAGGGAGGAAGAAAGAAUAAAAGAAUCAAAAAGAGUGGAAGAAGAAAGAAGGAUAGAGGAAGAAAGAAGGGAAUUGAAAAGGAGGCAAGACCAAGAAGAGUGGGACAAAAAGUUGAGAGAAGAGCAUGCCAUGCGAGAAAAAGAAAAUCAAAGAUCAAAAGAGACAUCACCUCCACCUGUUAGAGACUCAGAAUCAGCCAAACAACGAAGAAGAAAUGAAAAAAAUCAAUUGUUGAAAGACAUUGAAGAUGCACGUCAGGCCAGGCAGGACCAGGAGAAAGAGAGAGAGGAUUUGGUGAAAAGAGCAAAACAGAUGCAGCAUAAAACAACGAACAGAAGGAAUGAAGCUCGGGACAUGUGGAAAAAGAAAUACUUUGAAGAAAAGAAGAAAACAGCACCUCUUGAAGAGAAUAGUAAUCGGCUGCAGCAAGAACUGGAGGCGUUGCACAAAAAAUUAAUGAAUACUUUAGAGGGCCCAAAAGAGAAAAAUGCAAAAUUUAUUGAUGCACAGCCAUCACCAAAGAGUAAUUAUAUCAUCCAGUGUACUAAGAUUCAACACGAAAUAGAAGACUUACAGCGCAGGGUGGAGAAUGCUAGGAUGAAACUUACUGCUGAGAUGAAGCUACGAAACCAGGCACAAGGGGAGUUGCGGGCCCUGAGAGCAGAGCUGAAUCAGAGGAAACUAAGCAUGGAAAAAACUCGACAGCAACAACUAGCGGCCCUGAAUCCAUCUUUACUUGACAUCAAUAGCAGUCAUCCUAGGUACAUAUCAGAUCCAAAGUCUGACUAUUCAAAAACUUCCCUAGAAGGUUUCUAAUUUGUGAUAUUUUUCUUUUCUUACUCAGCCCUAACUAAUUACACUGAAAACACAAAUAGAAUAUAUCUUCAUCACCAACAUUUUUGUCAAUGAAAUCAAAAUGUUCUAGUUUUAAAUGAUAGCAUCUGUUUAAUGAAAGGCUUAGAAAUAAUGUUUUCUGCACAAAUAUUUUACCUAUGAAAAGCUUAGUUUUUGUCCAUCAUUCAAAAUGUUAAAAUUGUGCUUAUGAAAAUAUAUGAUUAAUAGAUACAAAAUACUAAUAUAAUAUCAUGUGAAAAAGUAAAUUGUAGAAAGUAUCACAUACAGGUUUGUAUCUAAAUGCAUUUCAAUCUCAGUCUUGAUGUUAGUUAUAAUGUACUUGUAAAUUCUUAUCAAUUUUGUUUUUACUUUAUUCAGUGUCUUCAAAGUGCCAUAUAAUAUAAAAAUAUAAAUUUAAGGUUAACAAUUUUUUGGAAAAAAAUAGAAUCCACUAAUGUUGUGUAUUAUAUAAGUUGAAAAGAUUAUUUUUAACAUUGAGCUUACUGGAGUUUUAAAAUUAAUGUGGCUAAGUCUCAAAAAUAUUCUUUCCUUAACUAUUGAAAAUGUUCUUGUUAACCAAAAAUUAAAAUUAAAAUUCUUUUAUCAGAAGUGAAGCACAUCAUUUUAAAAAGUUUUUUUUUCAUAAGAAUGCAGCUGUUAAGUACAAUUUGAUAUAUUGACCAAAGAGAUACAACUUUAUAUAAGUCUGUUUUCAUAUCUAAAAUUUGUUUUUCAACUUGUUAUUUUCUCAAUUAAUUAAAAUUUUUAAUUGCCCAGAAAAUUUUAAGAAAAAUAAUAUGUUAUUGCGAUACAAAGUCUUACGUUGGCCUGUUAUAAACUUCUAAGUAAUCUGAGAUUCUGAAACACAUUUUUCUACUACUGGUAGAUCUUAUUUUUUGUUUUCUGUCAUACUUGUGGUCCAUUGGGUUUCAUUCUAGGAAGUAUAGAGACAAAAACUCUUUGACUUAGUGUCUCUUUUUUUUUUUUUUUACUCCUAUGAAAUAAUUGAAAAUGAAUGUGCUGACUCUCAACUGACUUUCUACCCAAUGGAUAUAUUUAUUAUCAUGUAUAAACAUUGUUUAUAUUUUAUUUUUAUUAUUUAAGCAAACAUCUUAAGAGCCAAAUUUAUAUUGGUUACCUAUUAUUAUUAUUAUCUCUUGAAUUUGAUUUUUUAUUUGCAAAAAUAUGUUACAGGUCAAAUUGUACAAUAAAAAGAUGUUGAAACAAUACAUGAUUUAAUUCCAUUU